CUGGAACUGGUCAAAAAAAUAUGAUUGCUGCUCGGAGGAGGAGCUAAGAGGGGAAUGGAUUGAUAAAAGACGUGAGAGUGCAGUCGGCGUUACAGCGUGUCAGACUUUCCGAUUGAAGAGGUGGUGCAUUUUCAAACAGCGGUUCAGGCUCAACAGGACUUGUGGCCAUUGCCUAUUGACUCAUUAACACAGUGAUAUAAUGGGGCAUGGAGCUCAACAUACCGAUGAGAGGGCAAUGGGGACGGCAGCGGAGGAAGUGAGGCUGGAGCCGGACAAAGGAAAGGAGGCUCAGUCUAAAGAGUUCAGCUCCUCGCUCCCCACCCGUCAGCGAGGCAGCGAGACAUGGAGCCGCCAGCUAGAGUUCACGUUGGUCUGUGUUGGAUAUGCCGUGGGACUGGGAAACGUCUGGAGGUUCCCGUACCUGUGCUACAAGAGUGGCGGAGGUGCUUUCCUCAUCCCGUAUCUGGUCAUGUUGUUGCUGUGUGGGAUUCCGCUGCUUCUCAUGGAAUUCACUGUUGGCCAGUUUACGCAUUUGGGUCCUGUCCACGCCUUGGCGAAAUUCUGCCCUCUCCUGAAAGGUGUCGGCGCAGCAACGGUUGUGAUUUCAUUCUUGCUCUGUACUUAUUACAAUGUUAUUAUCACCUGGGCUCUAUACUACCUGUUCAACUCAUUUGGAUCAUCACUUCCUUGGCAAAGCUGUAAUAACACAUGGAACAUUGUGGAGAAUUGCACUAAUGGAUUUCCUGGGAAUGCCACUCACCUUCGAUCUGCCAGUCAACAAUUUUUUGAUUACAGGUUGUUGCAGAUGAGUAGAGGGAUUGAAGAGAUUGGCAGCAUUCGCUGGGAAUUGUUUGGUCUACUCCUAUUAGCUUGGAUCAUUGUAUAUUUCUGUAUAUUCAAAGGAGUUAAAUCAACCGGAAAGGUGGUGUAUUUUACAGCCAUUUUUCCAUACCUCAUCUUGAUAAUACUUCUGAUCAAUAAUGUGCAACUACCAGGUGCCAAGGCUGGAAUCCUCUUCUUCCUCACACCCAUAUGGAACAAGCUACUGGAAGUCCAGGUAUGGGUGAAUGCUGCUGCACAGAUUUUUAACUCCAUUGGAAUCGGCUUUGGCACCAUGAUAUCUAUGGCCAGUUACAACAAAUUCAAUAACAACGUACUCAAAGAUACACUCAUUGUUGCAGUAACAAACUCAGCUACAAGUAUUUUUGCAGGAUUUGUAGUUUUCUCUGCAAUUGGAUACAUGAGCCACCAGUAUAACCUGCCUGUUGAAGACAUCGCCACUGAUGGCCCAGGACUGGUGUACGUUGUUUACCCAGAAGCGUUUGUCACCAUGCCCCUUGCACCGAUGUGGGCUUCAUUGUUCUUCUUCAUGCUUCUCUGCUUAGGUGUGGAUAGCCAGUUUGCUAUGGUGGAGGUGAUGGUAACCAGUUUGAUGGAUGCCUGGGGAAAGAACCUGCUUUAUUUCUUCAAGCGCAAAGAGAUUGUGGUUCUUCUCAUUUGUUUUAUCGCUUUCAUACUUGGAAUUCCAAACAUCACCCAGGGUGGAAUUUAUGUAUUCCAACUGAUGGAUCAUUACACAGCUGUCGUCUCUCUCAUGUUCCUGGCUUUCUUUGAAGUUGUGGCCAUUUGCUGGUUUUAUGGCGUCCGUAGAUUAUCUGCCAAUUACAAGGAAAUGCUGGGAGCCCCGCCAAAUCUCUUUUUCAAGCUGUGCUGGUGGGUUGCUUCUCCACUGCUUGUCACAGUUAUCCUUGUGUCCAGCAUAAUUCGCUACAGCCCUGCCCGAUAUGGUAAAGCGUACACCUAUCCUCCAUGGGCAGAGGGUAUCGGCUGGAUUGUCUCUGUCUGUUCAAUCAUCUGGAUCCCAAUUGGAGCUGCACACACAUUGUAUACUAGCAAAGGCUCAUUUAUUCAGCGCCUUCAUUCUUCAGUAUCUCCAGUUGCUGAUGUAAUUCCAACCGAAAACUGGGAACAAAUGGUCAAAUUAACAUCCGGUAUAUACAGCCCUUCAUGUUCUGCCAUGCAUGACAGCAAUGACCUCACUGAAGAAACUGGCAUAUAAUUUUAUUAAAAACUUACAAAAAGAGGUGUUGGAGAAAAUUAGUUUCACUGAAAUAUUCCUUGCUUACACUGGCGUGACUUUAAAACAAAAAAAAGGACACAUUCUGGUGCUAUGGUGACAGACUUUAACCUUUAACUUUGUCUUGGAAUUGUGUGGAAUAUAAUUAUAUUCAAUCCCUGCAUGAAAAGAUUCCCAGGGAAGUUAUUGGCAGUGAGCAUGAUAGUUCAUUAGUGCUGUAUGGUACAUUAACUACACAGUUCAUAUCCCACCUGAAAAAGCUUCAUCUAAUUAUUGUGUCCCUCAAACCUGCAGAGAUAUAUCUUCGCAGACUACCACCAGGCCAAUUUGAUUUCUGUAUGCCAAUUGUUUUAACUAACAAAAUCAAAGAUCAAUCUCAUUUAAAAUGAAAAAUUACAAUUAGGAUUUUUAAAAAAAAUCUCAAAGUCAUUGUUAUUUCUAGUGUGACCAAAAAAGGUGAGAGAUCAUAAAAACUUAUCUUCCUUCACCAAAAAUGUCUAAACAAAUUUCACAUCAUUCCGUUUUACUAAAGCUCUAGUAAAGCCACAAGGAAAUGCAGUUUGUCCCUCAUUGUCAACUCCUUGUUGACUCAGCAUUGUUAGUAGCUGGUAUCUCUCCUGAUGUUCUAGUUGAUGACAAAUAUGCCCAGAUAAUCAAUUUUGCCUAGAGCUACAGUUGGCUUUGCUCCUGGGUUUGUGAAGGGAAUCAGCCAGUGUUCCCUCUGCUGAUCAUUAUCCUGAGACUGCCCUGUUGCAGGUGCUAAUAUAUGGAUGAUGGACAUAGGCAGGUAAGGCUGUUCUACAGUCCACUCCUAAUACACUUCAAAUGUGUUAUCAGCCAAUGUCUGGCAUCCAAUGAAUUUAAUUUCAGGAGAGGAGGGAAUGAUAACACAAAAAAAAAAGGGUAUCUUAAAUCUGGGAGUCCGACAAAACAGUUAACACUGACCUUCAGCCUGUCUAACAACUUAAAAGAUCUGUUGUGCAGUGCUUUAAAUUAAUUUCUGUUAGAAAGUAAACUUGAAUGUAUUCUUUAAAAAGUUAGAUCCAGAAUCUACCUGUAUCGUCUUUUGUAACUAUGUAAGCAUGCAAUACAAUUUUUAGUUUUCAAUCCAGUGCAAUGAAUAUUCAUUGUUUUAAUCCAAGAUCUAGGACAGCCAUUUGCAGUUUAAAAUUAACAGAAAUGCUGCGAGUCGGGACACAGGUUUGCUGAGUUCCCAAUUAGGCACUGUAUUUUGACUGUGAAGUGCUUUAAGACAUUGGGUAGUUGUGAAAAAUACUAUACAAAUGCAAGGCUGUCUUUCUACUGUGUAACUGAGUGGAGGUGAAGGUACGUUGAUCUCAGGAAUGAUAAAGCCACUUAGGCUGAUGGGUGAUUUUGGAUUUGCUGAAGAAUUGCCUUCAAAUCGCACAACUCUUAAUGGCUUUCCAGGAGCAGUUUUGUGGAAGAGAAAACAAUGGUCUCACAGCCAUGUUGUGGCCCAAGGAGAACCAGGAGAUUUUUACUUGAUACAGGGAGAAAUUUGAGGGUGUUUAUCUUCAACUAGGAUCAGCAAAAAGGAAUGAGACUUCAUUUCAAUUUGAAACUGCCUCCCAGAUUGUAAUCAAUUCACCUGUGUCAAAUAGAAUCAUAUUGGGCUUUUCUAUGAGUUUGUUUCUUUCUUGAUAAUUUCAAAUUUGCCUCUAAAUUCAAGAUUAUUAGUUUUUAAAAUUUUUUUUUAAAAGAAAACCUGUAAACCUGUUAUUAUUAAAACUAUAUCAUUUGAGCUGCUGCCUGGCAUGUAUCAGGAAAUUUUGGUUAGAAUCACAUGGGAAUGCAAGUUUUUUUAUUUGUCUGUAUUUUUGGGAGGGAGGGAAAUAACUUUGAUAAUAGUAGUACUUUAUCAUGUCAUUUCUGUGUUUUUAAACCUGAGCUGCAUUUACAUUGUUUCAUUACAUUCCUGAAUACAACUUAUUCUGUAAUGAAGUGUUAUGCGUUUACAGUCACAGUUUGUGACACCAGGAUGAUUAUUUAUAAAUACAAUGAAUUACCAGUAUACAUUAACUUAUAUAAUGUUCAAUUUACAGUUUGUGGUUAGGUGGCUAUCAAUAGCUGCCUAAUGUCAACCUUACUUCAGGGAGAUGUAGAUCUAAUUCCUGCUGGAGACAAAGCCAGUGAAACUUUCACUUUUUCAAAAUGUAAAAAAAAAAUCCACCCUUUAUCCACUAGACUACUAAACCUCAAAUAUUGUCACACCCUUCAAACCCCCUGCUAGUACCAUUAACUUCUGAGGCAGAUGAACAUGUGGGGAUAAGGUGACACCGAGUAAGUUCCUCAGGUACAAGAGGAACUGAGACAUUUCUCUCCAGCUCCACAAAGAUGUUUGAGGAUUUUGACAAGAGCUUUCUACAUCUGUCCAGCUUUAGUUUUUCACUUAAGGUAAUGCAGUAAUUAGUACUAGACGUUGGGGCAAAAAGUCAUCUCUAUUAUGUGCAUCUUAUUGGGUCGUCUUCUGACCUUUAUUGAACUAGUGUUUGUAAAUGUAAAUUUCAUGGUUUCAACUUUUGGAAAGUGUACUUAUUUUGCAAAAUAUUUCAAGAAUUGCCUUUAAAAUAAACUAACAAAUGAAGUAAAAA